AUGAGUCGCCGCAUAGUGACCUCGGUCACCAUCACCGAUCCACUGGUCAAGUACAACGCCCUCAUCGCCACCGGCUCCUGUAGUCCCGAUGCCGCUCAACACCGUCUGGCCCAUCACUUGCAAAAGCUCUAUGUGCGGUUAAAGGACUACACCCCUUCUCAAGAGUACCAGUCAAGACUCCAGCAAAUCACAAAGGCCUUGGACUCAGCAAGAAAGGAGGAUGUUGAGGACGAGGAGACCCAGCUGGCCGUCCGCAGCCACCCCAUCAGGAGAAAUCCUCUCUUUGCCAAGUUCUUUAGCAAGGCAGAGGACAGAGACACUUUAGCAUUAACCAGAGUUCUUACAAGCCACCAAGCUGCUCUGCACAUUGACUCUCCCAGGGGUCUCUUCCUCUCAGGCGAGGUCGGCACCGGCAAGUCCAUGCUGCUAGAUCUACUAGCCGAGGGCUUGCCCACUCAUCGGAAGAAGAGAUGGCACUUCAACACAUUCAUGCUGUACGCCCUCUCCAGGCUGGAGCAGUUCCGAAAGUCACGGUCCCAAUUGUCCAUGGGUGACCAGGAGUACUCCCUCCUGUGGCUGGCAAAAGAGAUGGUGGAGAAGUCUCCCAUUCUCUUCCUCGACGAGUUCCAGCUUCCCGACAGAGCUGCGAGCAAGAUCAUGAACAACCUAUUCAUCGCCUUCUUUCAGCUGGGAGGCGUCCUCAUUGCGUCUUCCAACCGUAUGCCUGAGGAGUUGGAGAAGGCUACGGGUGGGUAUUACCACCCGCCUACAACCGGCGGUUUGAUCAAACAGGUCUUUGGCUUUGGAAAGCGCCAGGGAGAGUUGUUCGGCCAGACCAGCGAUUUUGCUGCCUUCCUGGAGGUUCUCAAAGCGCGAUGCGACUUCUGGCACAUGGAAGGCGCUCGAGACUGGAGGAGAAGGGAGAGUCAUGUCGACCCUACUACUACACCUAAAGCUGUGGACAAAGUAUCAGAUUCAGGGACUGCCUCCUUUCAACCAGUGUUUGGGUCAACAUCAUCAUCCACAGAGCCACCAGUCACUACUUCCGAAGAAACCAUCAUCGAACAAGGUCUUCAAAAACCAUCCAUGUACUUCCUACCCUCCGACACGGAAGAAAGCUGGACAGCCGCCAUCAACCAACUCAUCGGCUCCUCAAAUGCAACCACCGCCGGUCAAAUCCCACAAUGGGCCCCAACCAAUGUCAUUGUCUAUGGCCGCAAAGUGCACGUCCCGCGCCAUCUCAACAACGACAUCACCUACUGGUCCUUCUCCGAGCUGGUUUCCUCCCAGGGUCCAGCCGACUACCUCACCCUAGCCUCGACCUUCCACACCUUCAUCAUCGACCAGGUCCCCGUCCUGUCGCUAGCCAUGAAGAAUGAAGCCCGCCGCUUCAUCACCCUCCUCGACGCUUUGUACGAGUCCAAGUGCAAGCUCCUCAUCCGCGCCGAGGCCGGGCCUGAUGACCUGUUCUUUCCCGAGAUGCGUCCCAAGCCAGUCACGUCGUCGAUGUCAACAGACGCCGGUAAACCGGGGGAGGUAAAACAGGUGGAAGCAGAAGACGCAACCUACUCCGAAACCAUCUCCGAAGUCUUCCAAGACUCCAUCGCGCCCUUCCGGCCCAACAUCUCCGAAUACGACCCCGACCAGGACUCUGACUUCGGUAAGGAACAGCUCGUGACUAAAACCAAAAAGGUGGACUUCAACCAGACCGUCUCGGCCUUCACGGGACAGGACGAGCGGUUCGCGUAUAAGCGCGCCACCAGCCGGUUGUGGGAGCUUUGCAGCAGGCAGUGGCACGCGAGACAGGAUGAGGGGUGGUGGCAGCCGUUACCGAAAGAGGCGAGACAUUGGGAGGGGAAAGAGGUUAGUAAGCCGCUUGAGAGCCCGUUGGUAAGACUAAAAAUGGGGCCGAGUGAGAAGGAGAGGACGGAGAUUACGAUGGGUGGGAGCACGGUGCUGGAGGAGAAGGUGGGGUUGGAGAGGUUUAGGGUUAGGGAGAUGAAGGAGGGGACUGGGAGUGGGGGGAGGUAG